AUGCUUACAAGGAACUGCUUAUCCCUGCUUCUCUGGGUCCUGUUUGAUGGAGGUCUCCUAACACCACUGCAGUCACAGCCACAACAGUCUUUAGCCACAGAGUCAAGAGAAAAUGUUUUCAUCAUGCCAGGAAGGCAAUCACCUGCCCAGCGUGUUAAACGUGGAUGGGUUUGGAAUCAAUUUUUUGUCCUGGAAGAGUACAUGGGCUCCGAGCCUCAGUACGUGGGAAAGCUUCAUUCCGACUUAGACAAAGGAGUGGGCAGUGUUAAAUACACCCUUUCGGGAGAUGGAGCUGGCACCGUUUUUACCAUUGAUGAAACUACAGGGGAUAUUCAUGCCAUAAGAAGCCUUGAUCGAGAAGAAAAGCCUUUCUAUACUCUACGAGCUCAGGCUGUGGACAUACAUACCAGGAAGCCCCUGGAGCCUGAGUCAGAAUUCAUCAUCAAAGUGCAAGACAUUAAUGAUAAUGAGCCAAAGUUCUUGGAUGGACCUUAUGUUGCUAGUGUCCCAGAAAUGUCUCCAGUGGGUGCAUAUGUGCUUCAGGUCAAAGCCACAGAUGCAGAUGAUCCAACCUAUGGAAAUAGUGCCAGAGUGGUUUACAGCAUCCUUCAGGGACAGCCUUAUUUCUCUAUCGAUCCCAAGACAGGUAUAAUUAGAACAGCCUUGCCAAAUAUGGACAGGGAGGUCAAAGAGCAAUAUCAAGUACUCAUCCAAGCCAAGGACAUGGGAGGACAGCUGGGAGGACUAGCAGGAACCACCACAGUGAACAUCACUCUCACUGAUGUCAAUGACAAUCCACCUAGAUUCCCCAAAAGUAUCUUUCAUCUGAAAGUACCAGAGUCUUCUCUAGUUGGCUCUGCCAUUGGAAGAAUCAGAGCUGUGGACCCAGAUUUUGGGAAAAAUGCAGAAAUCGAAUACAACAUUGUUCCAGGAGAUGGGGGAAACUUAUUUGACAUCGUGACAGAUGAGGAUACACAAGAAGGGGUCAUCAAACUGAAAAAGCCAUUAGAUUUUGAAACAAAAAAGGCAUAUACUUUCAAAGUAGAGGCUUCCAACCUUCAUCUUGAUCAUCGCUUCCACUCAGUGGGUCCCUUCAAGGAUACGGCGACUGUUAAGAUCAGCGUGUUGGAUGUGGAUGAACCUCCAGUGUUUAGCAAGCCUCUGUACAUCAUGGAGGUUCAUGAAGACACUCCUGUUGGGACCAUCAUUGGAGCUGUCACAGCGCAAGACCUGGAUGUUGGCAGCAGUGCAGUUAGGUACUUCAUAGAUCGGAAGAAUGAUGGAGACAGCUACUUUACAAUAGAUGGAACUGAAGGAACCAUUGCUACUAAUGAAUUACUGGACAGAGAAAGCACUCCACAGUAUAAUUUCUCUAUAAUUGCAAGCAAAAUUAGCAACCCAUCAUUAGCCAGCAAAGUCAAUGUCCUUAUCAAUGUACUGGAUGUGAAUGAAUUUCCUCCAGAAAUUUCAGUACCAUAUGAGACAGCAGUCUGUGAAAAUGCUAAACCAGGACAGGUAAUUCAGAUCAUCAGUGCUGCGGACCGAGAUCUUUCACCUGCUGGGCAACAAUUCUCCUUCAGAUUAUCACCUGAGGCUGCCAUCAAACCCAAUUUUACAGUCCGUGACUACAGAAACAACACAGCUGGAAUUGAAACUAGAAGAAAUGGAUACAGCCGCAGGCAACAAGAGUUUUAUUUUCUCCCAGUUGUGAUCGAGGACAGCAGUUACCCUGUCCAGAGCAGCACAAACACAAUGACUAUUCGAGUUUGUAGAUGUGACUCUGAUGGUACCAUCCUGUCUUGCAAUGUGGAGGCAAUUUUUCUACCUGUAGGACUCAGCACUGGAGCCUUGAUUGCAAUCUUACUUUGUAUCGUUAUUCUUUUAGCCAUUGUUGUACUGUACGUCGCCCUGCGAAGGCAGAAGAAAAAAGACACUCUGAUGACCUCUAAAGAAGACAUCAGAGACAAUGUUAUCCAUUAUGAUGAUGAAGGAGGCGGGGAGGAGGACACUCAGGCUUUCGACAUCGGUGCCCUGAGAAAUCCAAAAGUGAUUGAAGACAACAAAAUACGCAGGGAUAUAAAACCAGACACUCUCUGUUUACCUCGUCAGAGACCACCAGUGGAAGAUAACACAGACAUCAGAGAUUUCAUUAAUCAAAGGCUACAGGAAAAUGAUGGAGACCCCACGGCACCUCCUUAUGAUUCAUUGGCAACAUAUGCCUAUGAAGGCAAUGGAUCUGUAGCAGAGUCCCUCAGCUCCAUAGACUCCCGCACUACAGAAGCGGACCAGGAUUACGACUACCUGACUGACUGGGGACCACGCUUUAAAGUCUUGGCAGACAUGUUUGGAGAGGAAGAAAGUUAUAACUCUGACAAAGUCACCUAG